AGGGGUAGACCGAGAGAGAAACCUGGAGCUUGCACAGAAAUGUGUAGGCUUGUUUAUGUACUGAGACUGUCUCCACUUACUCUGACAACCAGAGUUAUAGAUGAAGAGAGCCAAAGAGACUGAUAGAAAGAUAUUAUUAGUGGCUGAAGGACAGAGACAAAUAGAAAACGAGAUAAAGAAAGAGAGACAGAGAGAUAGGAGGAAGUAAUAGAAACACAGGCAUUAUGCUGCGGUGGGUUCUUAUUGCCCUGUUUCGCUUCUUCAGGGGAGCAGGACGGCAGGUGUUCCCGCCAGUGGAGGAGAGAGCGGCGUACUCAAACUCCGUACAGGAUGCAUUGCUCCGACUGGCCUCAGUCACAGACUCCUCUUCCCUGCGGGAUGCCAUCAGAAAGGCUCUCCAGGCUGUCCUUUCUGAAGUGGACAGUGUAUACGUCUAUCUAUUAGAUGCAGAGACAGGAUGCUUGUGGUGUGAAGAACCACCUCAUGAGCUACAGAAGGAGGGGAAACUCAGGGAUGUGGUUGUCCAGCAGAGGAGAGUACAGUGUGAGGGCCUUCCUUGCUCAGAGCUGCAGGAGCAACAGAGAGAGAGACUAACAGAACCACUGCAGCAGGACAAACGAGUGUUGAUCAUUCCAAUUCUGGACCGGGACCAAGGCGUAGCUACCGCCCUCCUCCUGGUUUGCUGUACACUGCCCACUAUAGCUCAGGAACAAAGCCUUGAUGUCCUGGAGAAACAUGUCACCAUAGCCUGUAAGAAAGUCCAGGCUUUGCAGGGGCAAAGGCUCACCCAGGGGUCAGAGGUCAACAGGACACCAUGUCUAUCCCUGAACAGGAGGACAACACCUGAUGUGGACUACAGUGCACUGGAUCAUCAGAUCCUGAGGCUUUGCGGAGAGUUGUAUGACCUGGACGCUGCCUCUCUACAACUGAAAGUAAUUCGUUAUCUGGAGGAGCAGACUCAAUCAUUGUGCUGCUGUUUACUUCUGGUAUCAGAGGAUAACCAACAGCUGUUCUGUCAGGUAGUUGGAGACAAGGUUCUGAAGGCGGAGAUCAGUUUCCCACUGACGUUUGGCCACCUUGGUCAGGCUGUGGAGAAGAGGAAGAGCACCUCCCUGCAAGACGUCACUCCAGAGGAACACCAGCAGCUGAACAGCACUCUGGGAUUUGAAGUUCUCUCUAUGCUGUGUGUUCCUGUUGAGUGUCGGGCCACCACCAAGGUUGUGGCCCUCGCCUGUGCCUUCAACAAAAAAGGAGCAGACAGACACACAGAGGUGGAUGAACACAUAGUGCAGCACUGUUUCCGCUACACAUCCUCAGUACUGACCAGCACACUGGCCUUCCAGAAGGAACAGAGACUGAAGUAUGAAUGUCAGGCACUGCUUCAGGUCGCCAAAAACCUCUUCACACAUUUGGAUGAUGUAUCAGUCCUGCUGAAAGAGAUUAUUGCAGAAGCCAGGARUCUCACCAGUGCAGAAAUUUGUUCUGUGUUCCUGUUGGACAGUGUCAGUCAUGAACUGGUUGCCAAGGUGUUUAAUGGAGGAGUGGUUAUCGAUGAGGAGACAGAGCUGCGUAUCCCUGCUGACCAGGGCAUAGCAGGCCAUGUGGCCACCACAGGGAAGAUCCUCAACAUCACAGAUGCCUACUCCCAUCCUCUCUUCUACCGCGCCGUGGACGACAGCACAGGCUUCAGAACACGCAACAUCCUCUGCUUCCCCAUAAAGGACGAACAUGGAGAAGUGAUUGGCGUGGCUGAGCUGGUCAACAAGACUAAUGGACCAUGGUUCACCCGCCUGGAUGAGGACUUGGCCACAGCUUUCUCCAUAUACUGUGGCAUCAGCAUCGCUCAUUCCCUCCUGUAUAAGAGGGUCGAUGAAGCACAGUUUAGGAGUCAGCUGGCCAAUGAGAUGAUGAAGUACCACAUGAUGGUGUCAGACGAGGAAGUCACCCGGCUACUGACUGUGGGCAUCCAGGCUGUAGGAGAAAUACACCCCAGCUUCUCCAGCUUCACCUACACACCUCGCUCCCUGUCAGACGACAGCACACCCACAGCCGUGAUCAGCAUGUUUGAGGACAUGGGCUUCAUAAACACCUACAAGAUCAACAUGCACACGCUGGCCAGGUUCUGUCUGAUGGUGAAGAGAGGCUACAGGGAUCCUCCAUAUCACAACUGGAUGCACGCGUUCUCAGUCUCUCAUUUCUGCUACCUCCUCUGCAAGAACCUGGAGCUCUCCAACUACCUAGAGGACAUCGAGAUGUUUGCUCUUUUUGUGUCCUGCAUGUGUCAUGACUUGGACCACAGAGGGACCAACAACUCCUUCCAGGUGGCAUCGAAAUCUGUGUUGGCUGGCCUGUAUAGUUCUGAGGGAUCUGUGCUGGAGAGACACCACUUUGCUCAGGCGAUCGCCAUCCUCAACACCCAGGGCUGCAAUAUCUUUGAGAAGUUCUCCAGAAAAGACUACCAGAGGAUGCUUGACCUGAUGAGGGACAUCAUCCUGGCCACAGACUUGGCUCAUCACCUACGGAUCCUGAAGGAUCUACAGAAAAUGGCAGAUGUGGGCUACAACACCAAAGAACCUCAGCACCAUAACCUGCUACUGUGCCUGAUCAUGACCUCCUGUGACCUCUCUGACCAGACCAAAGACUGGAAGACCACCUGGAAGAUCGCAGGGCUCAUUUACAAGGAAUUCUUUUCUCAAGGAGAUCUGGAGAAGGCUAUGGGGAACCGUCCCAGUGAGAUGAUGGACAGAGAGAAGGCCUACAUCCCAGAGCUACAGACAGGCUUCAUGGAGCACAUAGCCAUGCCCAUCUACAAACUCCUCCAGGACCUGUUCCCCAGGUCGGCAGAGCUGUAUGACACCGUGGCUAGCAAUAGAGAACAGUGGGGCAAGGUCUCUCACAAGCCGGGAAACGAUUCUCUGGAUUACCUAGAUGCAGAGUUUGAGCAGCUACAGGAAAAGCAGAAUGGAUAGGACGGAAAGAGCAGGGAGAACAGGACGGACAGACAGAGCAGGGAGAACAGGACGGACAGACAGAGCAGGGAGAACAG